GUGCGCCUGCGCACUGGGCAGACAGCUGAUAACUCAUCUAUUAUGCUACUUGGCUAAAACCAAGCGGAGAGAGAAGCCGCCGCAGCCGCCGCGGGACGCACCGGAGGAGCCGAACCCAAAGUGUGAGAUGGGAGUUUGUCUCCUCGAGGGAAACAUCGAGCUAAAGGAACGGCACCGACCAAACCUGAACUGAACACACCAACACACACCUGUGUGCCCACACGCACACACACACCCUCAGACCACAGGGGGAGUUGUUUUUUCAUCUUCAGGUCAGACACUGCUGUCCCACGGUGCAUUGUUACGUCACCAUCGUCCACCAUGUCGGACGCCCCCGAGGCUGCGCCACCCAGCCCCCCUACCCUCACCAACCCACCAGCCCCUGAGGUCACGAAUCCCACUAAACCUGGCAGAAAAACCAACCAGCUGCAGUACAUGCAGAACGUGGUGGUGAAGACUCUGUGGAAACAUCAGUUCGCUUGGCCCUUCUACCAACCUGUCGACGCCAUCAAGCUCUGCCUGGCGGACUACCACAAGGUGAUCAAGAACCCGAUGGACAUGGGAACCAUCAAGAGACGUCUGGAGAACAAUUACUACUGGAGCGCCAGUGAGGCCAUGCAGGACUUCAACACCAUGUUCACCAACUGUUACAUCUACAACAAGCCAACAGACGACAUCGUGCUCAUGGCUCAGGCCCUCGAGAAAAUCUUCCUUCAGAAAGUCGCUCAGAUGCCUCAGGAGGAAGUCGCUCUGCUGCCACCGGCUCCCAAAGGAAAGAACAAGAGCAAGCAGCCCGCCACCCCCACCACAGUGAGUCAGCAGGCGGAGUCUUCAGCCUCCCCUCCCCCCUCCUACCCCUCCCCGUCCCCUUCUCAGACACCUGUCAUAUCCACCACGCCCACACCUGUCCAAGCCACGCCCCCUGUCUCUGCACCGCAGCCCCCAGCAACAAUGAUGCCGUCUGCACAGCCUGUUGUCAAGAAGAAAGGUGUGAAGAGGAAAGCCGACACCACCACUCCCACCACGUCCGCCAUCUCUGCUGGUCGUGCCGACUCUCCAUCUGCUCAGGACAACAAACCAGCAAAACUGGGUUCGUCCCGCCGUGAGGCCGCCGCCCGCCCUGCUAAGACCCGCCGAGAGACGGGUGAGGAGGUGGCAGUGGGUGAGAUGGGAGGUGGAGGAGGAGGAGGAGGAGGAGUUGGAGUUGGAGUUGGGGGGAAGAAGGUCGGUAAGCUGGGCGAGCAAAUGAAACACUGCGACGCCAUCCUGAAAGAGAUGCUCUCGAAGAAACAUGCUGCCUACGCCUGGCCCUUCUAUAAGCCCGUGGACGCAGAGGCACUGGAGCUGCACGACUACCAUGACAUCAUCAAACACCCCAUGGACCUCAGCUCCGUCCGGAAAAAGAUGGAUAAAGGCGAGUACAGUGACCCUCAGAGCUUUGCCACUGACGUCAGGUUAAUGUUCUCCAACUGUUACAAGUACAACCCUCCAGACCAUGAGGUCGUGGCCAUGGCCCGGAAACUGCAGGAUGUGUUUGAGAUGCGUUUCGCUAAGAUCCCGGACGAGGGCCUGGAAGUGUCCGUCCCGUCUACGACACCACUGGUCAGUAAAAGCACCGCUUCCUCUGACAGCAGCAACAACUCCUCCUCAGACGAAUCUUCCGACUCCGAGGAGGAGCGAGCCACGCGAUUGGCUGAGCUACAGGAGCAGGUUGGUGCUGCUGAGCAAUCACAGUUGAAGGCGGUGCACGAGCAGCUGGCCGUCUUGUCCCAGGCUCCGGUCAGCAAGCCAAAGAAGAAGAAAGAGAAGAAAGACAAGGAGAAGAAGAAAGACAAAGGGAACAAGGGGAAGAUGGAGGAAGAGAAGAAGCCAAAGGCUGCCGCUCAACAGCCCAAACCAGCCAAUCAGAAGAAGGCACCGGCCAGGAAAGCCAACAGCACGGUGACCGCAACCAGGCAACCUAAGAAAGGCAGCAAGACGUCAGGCGGCGGCUCGGCAAACGGAGAAGACGGCGAGGAGUCGUCUCUACCGAUGUCGUAUGAUGAGAAGCGCCAGUUGAGUCUGGACAUAAACCGGCUGCCGGGCGAGAAGCUGGGUCGCGUCGUUCACAUCAUCCAGUCCAGAGAGCCGUCGCUGCGAGACUCCAACCCCGACGAGAUCGAGAUCGACUUCGAAACGCUCAAACCCUCCACGCUCCGAGAGCUGGAGCGCUACGUCAAAUCCUGUCUGCAGAAGAAGCAGAGGAAGCUGCUGCAGAAGGCAGCGGGCGGCGGGGCUUCAGGAGGCGGGGCUAGUCGUUUGAGUGGCAGCUCUUCUUCCUCCUCUGAUGACAGCUCCUCAACGGGAACCUCCUCUUCCUCCGACACAGACUGAACACACACACACAACACACACACACAAACAUGUUACUGAACACAGAGUUUAUACACACACUCAAUCACAGGAACGACAGUUAACACAUGAACACACAUCCAUGUAAACUUCCACCAUGAACACACACAAGACAGAGAUCCAAACUCUGAACUUCUUACAACACACACGCCCAGACUUGGAGACUGUAUGUAAAUAAGCAAACCUGUUUUUUAGCUCCUAGUGUCGUUUUUUUUUUUUCUUCCUGGAGUAAUGGAGAGACAGAAGAAGAAAGAACUUGUCCGAGAGGAGGAGGUCUGUCUGUUCACCAGUUGUACUGAUCUUCUCUUAACUGUCGUCUCGCUGCUGUGGAGAGAAAUAAAAACAUCCACAUUUCUUCUUCCUCGGUUUGGACGUCGGCUACGACCCCUGACCUCUGAACACAUUCCGGAAGCAUCUGUCAUCAUCAGGAGGACGAGGAGGUCUCAGUGGGUUUCACAUCGUUGGAAGUGAAGCUGUAGUCGAGCAAUAAGUGAAAAGGUUUUCAGAGAGGAAACAUGUCUGAGAUGAAGCUCAGAGCAUCAUGGGAGAUUUAACCAAAACCUGGAGAGGAACAAGCGUCUCAGCGGCCGAGUGGCGUCUUUUCUUCUGGUGCGUUCACACCGACUGCGACGCAAAGAUCACACGAGAUUACAAACAAAGUCAAUGCAGAGAAAUUUGCAGUUGUAGUUGUUUCUGUCAUUCUUCCCCCGGAGUUUCCACAUGUACGACGCAGCAACUUGAUCCCUUCUGCCAGUCGUCCUCUUCUCUUCUGGAGGAGAACCGGCGAAUAUUCCCCGUUUGUGUUUAUUCACGUGAUUAACCUCAAUCAACUCAAAUGAUCCCACGGCACGUUUGGUGUGCACGCACCAUUAGAGUCCAGUUCUGAACGAUUGGCUAAAAAAUAAACCCUAAAAAAACGUCCUCGUCAGCUGAUCAACGUGUAGAGACGUGAAAAUUGUUGAUAAGAAACUUUAUUUGAACGUCUCCUGUUAACAGACGCUGUUUGACACGUCCUCUUGUAAAAAUGAUGUCACACUUAUGUCAUAUCAGCUGUUUGACACGUCCGCAGAGUUCAGGAGCUGCAGUUAGAGGCGUGUGUGUGUGUGUGUGUGUGUGAGGUCAGAGGUCAACCAGUUUUUAAUGUGACAUCAUUAGUUUAAACUGGUUAAUUGGUGAAUGACGGAUGAUUAUUGAUAAGUGGUAAAGUUCAUCUGUGACUGACGUCUCUGCAACAAUGUUCACGUGUUACUAAUUUCUGUUGAUUGACAGUCUGAGCGCAGCUGAUCAAUCACAUCCACUUCCUUUAUGACUGAAAAUCAAACAGCUGAUCAGAUAUUGAUCAGCUAUUGAUAAGCUGAGCUCAUAUCCAGGUUUCGUACUGUCGUUCGAUUUAGACCCUCUGAGACCGACGCUGCCCUCUGCUGGUCCUGAAUCACAAACAACCCAUUGUUUGACUGGGGUCAACGCUGGGGGCGUGGUCAACGCUGGGGGCGUGGUCGCUGGACCCAGACCGCUCUGAGACAGACAGCGAGACAGACAUGUUUCUUUUUAACACUACAUCUUUAUUUCCUGUCAUUUGUUUUUUGUUUUUCAGGUUGUGCUGAACCCGUUUAUGUCUUUAUAAGAUUUGCGAUAUAAAAUGUCUUUGUACGACGUCCCCCCCCCACCCCCCCUUCCGGAGGUUAAAAGUCAGAGCUAGAAUUGAAGCUUCACCCAAAUUUCUAAUUUUUAAUCAUUUUAACUCUAAAGUGUCCAAAAUAAAGAAGUCGUCAGGAUGAAGACAAAACUUUCUCAGCAGAAAAAAGUCCAGUGAAUAUUUGAGACAUUUUAGUAAAGUCACGUCGAUUGGCUCCUUUAGUUCUUUUUUGGUUUUUUUUAUAUAAAACUCAUUCGUUUACAUGUUUCUUCUGUUGGUUGACUGCGCCUCCACCUGGAUGCACUGAGUCACUGCACGUUCAACUUUUAAAAGGAAUUUUAAUUUACAUAUUUUAAACAGUUUAAUUUCAUGUGUUGGUAUGACAUCACAGUUCUGCCCUCUCCUGAUUGGUUGGGCGGAGUGGGGCAGUUUGCUGAUUCCUUCAGAAGAAGCUUUACAUUGCGUGAUGUUAGUAUUUUCUGCGUGUAGCACAAUGUCAACUUGUUUCUGUUUUGAUCUGAGUUUCUGAUUAAAUCACGUGACCUCA